UGCUCAAGCCAGUGGGGCUGGGCUAAUCGGACAGGCAGGUUUAUUAGGCGGAUAUUGUCAGGCCGGGUUGAGUGCAGGAAUCGUGAAUCCUAAAGCGAGGCCCCUUUGCCAAACUUAUGAAUGCCUGCAGCGGAGCUAAUGCAAGCUCGGAUCAGCGGAGGGCUCGAAGAAAAAGAAUGAGAAAAAACAUCUUCUGAGAUCCGUCGCGUUGCGAUGUCUUUUUGGAAGAGGAGUCUUUGGUUCAGAGGUCAGGGAGAGAAGAAGGGGAACAUUCGGGAUGAAGAGGAGGGUUAUCUCCAGGAAUUCGGGAGUAACGGAGCAGCUUUGCAACUUCAUCAAGGGCUUCAGCAUCGAUACCUUCAAAACUUUUCCCCUUCAAGAUGAUCGGCCAGUGGAUUUUGUUUUUGGGUCCGCUCCAUCAACGGCAACUAAUGUCCGAAAGGAGCUCACGGAGUGGCAGGAGAGGCAUGCUACUUUGGUUCUCUCCAAAGUCAAGGAAAUUGCGCAACUUCGAUAUAUUCUGUGCCCCCGUCAUCUAAAGGAGAAACAGUUCUGGAGAAUAUAUUUCCUACUUGUUAAGAGCUAUGUGGCCUCAUAUGAGAUGCGUGCCAUACAAAAGGAAAAGAUCAAAAUGAUGGGGAUGGACAAUGAGAAAGCAGUCAAUAGAACUAUGGUUGAAGUGGAGAUGAUAGAUGCGAAGAAUGGAAGCAGCUCAAAACCUCUCGGUAGCAACAUAGGCAGAGAUGAAGGCAAGUCAGCAGAACCUACUGGAUUAGCUGCUGGGAAAAUUUGGGAUAUUAUGUGAUUCCAUGUGAAUGAAGACCAAAUCUCGAGCCAUUGGAACUUCUGCAAACAUCCUUUACUGAUGAGCUGACUGGCCACCGAAGCAAUGAAAUCCUUGGCAUGCGUACUUCACUUGCUAAUCAUGAUAGCGUGGAAUUAAAGGUUUCCUCAACUAGACGGAGUUCCAACACAUUGCAGAUGGCUUAGUUAGCUCCAUAUUGCAUCUUUUGCUUGCCAUUCGGUUAUGCAGCUGAACAUUAAUUGACUCGAAACGCAGAAGCCUGUUGGCACAGUGUGAUGAUUAAGAAUUCAAUGCAAAAUAAAAAAAAGGAUGUUACUAAGAAAGGCUAAGAGAAAAAAAAAGGUAUCAUCGUAGCUUAUGUUGCUAUCAGAUAAUACCGGUAAUGAGUUAAAAUAAACAAAGCAAUGCAUGUAAGAUGUGGUUUUCAGCAGUUUAAAGUAUUUUCUUCUUUUUCUCCUUUAUUCUCUUUUCAUAUAUUGUAAUAGUUAAUGAUGGUUCAUGACAACCCAAGCUUUUGUUUGGACUGUGAUUCUCUUGUUCCAAUAAUCCUGUACCGACAAAAUCAUAAGAGUUGCAUAUUUUCAUAUCAUA